ACCAGAAAUUAAGUCGGUAACUAAUCACGUCUUCUUUAAUUGAUUCUUUCAAUUUAUAAUAAUUAGAUCCCGGCCUGCCUGCAUAUAUGGCAACACAAACCACCCAGUAUCCGCCCUAUCACAACCAGAUCAAUUAAAGCUAAGCUAGUGCGUGCGUGCGAGAUAUCUCUAUCAUAUAUACUUCCAACCGGCUGCCCUGAUCGAUCCAUCUCUAAUGGCAUUCAACAUACUCCAUCUUCUCUUGCUCAUAUCUUUGUCAGGAGCAGAGGCCACAGUUUUUACAUUGCAAAACAGUUGCAGGAACACGAUAUGGCCAGGGAUCCUACCCGGGGCAGGCAAACCUCAACUAAUGAAUGGGGGGCUUCAGCUCAGGCCCGGUGAAACUAUAAACAUAAAUGCACCAAAAGGGUGGUCGGGGCGUUUCUGGGGUCGUCGUUGGUGUUCCUUCGAUAAAUCUGGUAAGGGAAGGUGCCUCACCGGAGACUGCGGUGGGCAGCUAAAAUGCUCGGGGGCUGGGGGUGCACCGCCUGCAACACUAGCAGAGUUUACCCUGGAUAGUCCAGUGGAUUUCUACGAUGUUAGCCUCGUCGAUGGCUAUAACAUGAGGAUUUCGAUAGUACCUAAGGGGGGUUCAGGCCCUAAUUGUAAGGAGGUGAGUUGUGUGUCGGACUUGAACAGACAUUGCCCUGAUGGCUUGCAAGUAAAGAUGAAUGGUCAUGUUGUGGCAUGCAAAAGUGCUUGCUUAGCGUUCAAUGCACCCCAAUAUUGUUGCACUGGAUCCUACGGCGGCCCUCAAACCUGCAAGCCUACCCGUUAUUCUCAGGUCUUCAAGGUUGCUUGUCCCACUGCUUAUAGUUAUGCCUAUGAUGAUCCCACCAGCACUUUCACUUGCAAUGGAUCAGCUGACUAUUUGAUUAAGUUUUGUUAAAUUAAUUCAUUAUAACUGUACGUUUCAAAUAAAUUACUCAAAGGUAUACGUGAAAUUACCAUGUAAAUUGUCAUAACACUACUUUUUUGUUUAAUAAAUAAAUAAUUCAGGAAUAUUUGUUGUACAAAA